CCUGAAUCCAUGAGUCAGUCCAGAGGCCCUCUUCUAUUCAGAGACCUUCCACACAACUCUGCUCUGAUGAAAUAACAGCUUUACAAAGGGAUUCACUGUGAGGAGCUCAGAAUGAAGAAGAAAGAUGCAGAGGAUUGCAUGGAGCUGUGCCCCCAUCAGUGUGUUGAGAUGGAAAGGUGUGAAAGUAAAGAGCUGGAUGUUGAAAUAAGGAACCUAAUAGGGAAGAGCAACGCUUUGGAGUCGUGUGAGGACCCCAAACCUCUUGCCCAAGAGAGGCUGAGCCCUCAGAGAACUUCGUGUUCCCUUAAGAGCUGCAGUGAAGGAAGCACUCCAGGCCAGCUUGGAUGCACCUGGGCAGGUGGGAGUCACAUGGAAGCUCCAGCAGAACCAUUGCAGUCAAGGCACACGUUACUGAGCAAAAAGAAGCCUUUAUCAUCCAAUUCUCCAGAGCAACAGAUCCUCACACUGGAAAGACAGAGACGAGAGCUUUUGGAGGUGAACAAGCAAUGGGAUCAUCAAUUUAGAAGUAUGAAACAGCUUUAUGAAAAGCAGCUGGCAGAGAUGAAGGCAAGGCUGGAUGUGUCAGAGAGGAGAGUAAGCGAGCUGGAGCAGGAGAGGCACUGGCAGCGUCCGGAGGAGGAGAGGUGGCAAGUGCUGGGCAGGGAGAGGCUGCUGCAGGAAAAGAAAGACACAGAGGUCCUUAGUGAAGCUCUCCAUGAAAUGAAGGAAGAGAACAGGCUCCUGAAGCAGAAGAAUGCCUCAAUGACCAGGAGGAAGGAAUACUAUGAGAGUGAAAUAAGUCGUCUCAACAAGGCCCUUCUGGAUACGUUGAAAAAGCACCCACCUGUUGUUGGGACUCCUCCAGGGAAGGGUGACAGGAACAGCAUCGAGGAGAUGAGAACCCAACUUGAAGUUCUUAAACAGCAGGUCCAAAUAUACGAGGAGGACUUCAGGAAGGAGAGAUCUGACCGAGAGAGGCUUAAUGAGGAGAAAGAAGCACUGCAGAAAAUUAAUGAGAGAUUGCAAUCUCAACUGAGUAAACUCAGCUCUCAGACAAAAGACCUCCCAGAGCAGCCUGGGAGGCCCAGUUACCCAGCCCCACUGUUCCUCUCCCCGUGUGUCAGCUAUGGGGGCUGUGGGGUGGUUCUGCACUGUCCGGAUCCGCGGGCACACCCAGCCCCUCGCAGGGCCCAGCAGCAGCAGCAGGGCUGGCCAGACUAUCAGUGGUGUGUUCCUGACCAGCUUCCGCCAGAUGUGCAGCACAAGGCAAAUGAUUCCUCCCUGGAGAAGUGAGCCCUUCGCUGACAGACCCUGGCCUGGAGAAGUGUAAACCAAAGGCUGCAAGGGACUCUUGCAACUUUAUUAUUCUGUGUUCUUCUGGGUUUUUUGCUCCUUAGCUCCUUAUCUCUUCAGUGCAUGUGAUUUAUGUCUGGUGAAAUCCCUGUGAGGACAAUAGAAAAGCAGCUCGCGCAGGCUGGUGAUCCUCAGGAUCCAGUUGAACUCUGCUGGGAAGCGUUGCUGCCCUUUGUUCUGAAGAUGCUGUUUGUGCUGCCUUGUGAGAAGCUCUUUAAAAUCCUGAUGAGAAGAGAUGCAGUUCUUGCUGGGGAUUCAGACUGUCACAUCUGGUUUGAAUUGAAUUCAAGAGCUUACAAGCCCAAUAGUGGUGUGAUUUUUUUUUUGUGGUGGUUGUUGUUUGGGAAUGAUGAGGGGUUUUAUUUGAUUCCAGGGAAUGGUUUGUUGAUUGAUCACCUUGAAUUCUGUCCUCUCCUCCUUGGUUGGUAAAAGGGAAAUCUGCUUCACUGUUUAAACCCCUUUGUGUAAUUAUGAUCAGGGUACCACCCAUGCCAGGCCUGCUAAAACGUGCCCGUUUCCCCUUUUGAGUCCAGGUCGAUCUCCUUUUGUUUUGGCUCUCAAAUUACAUGUAAAACAUAAUCACAUGGGUUUUUUCUGUGUGCACUUAUUUGUAUUGCAAGGAUUUUAGUAGAAAUAUUGAAUGGGUCCAACUUCUCAGUGAAUAUGGCUUUAUAUUUCCAAAUUGUUCUUGUAAUGAAUCUGAACGUUGUCAUGUAACCUCUAACCAAGAAUAAA